GUACGGAUUGUUUCCAGUUGGAACUCUCUUUAUUUUUGUAUUUUAAGUGAGAGAAAAUGCCGUAACUGGCGAAGCUGAAACAUUAUUAGAAUCUUGGCUCAUUCAAGGAUAGAAUUGUAGCAGUUUCUUUCCUCAAAAUGGAACAACAGCCGCGAAAACAUGUGAUGAUGGAGCGGAUACCACGAUCGAAAUCUCUGAUCAUGCCGACGAUACGGAAUCCAUUUGUGCACAAACUCAAAUUGACUUUGGCGGAUAAGAUUAGGAUCUGUUUGAUGUCAGUGACGAUCGCUCCGCUUCGUGCCGUCAUGGCCAUUUUAUUUCUCUCCGUUGAUUGGAUAUUCUGUCGUCUUAUUCUUCUUGGUCAGAAAGAUACGGAAGGAGAACAGCAACCACUAAUGGGUUGGCGCAGAACCCUACAAAACCUUGUGAUGCGGCUCGGUCGAAUACACGUCUUUCUUCUAGGGUUCCACAGGAUCAAGGUCAAAGGUCGCCAGGCAUCCCCCUCGGAAGCACAUAUUCUGGUCAUUGCACCCCACACUAGCUUCUUCGACCCGUCGGUCGUGUUUGUAGGUCAUCAGGUGCUGAGCGGGGUAUCACGGAUUGAGAAUAGGCAAACCCCUCUUUUCAGAACCUUAGUGGACUGCUUACAACCUGUCUACGUAUCAAGGACGGAUCCCAACUCUAGACUGAAGACAAUCAAUGAGAUCAAACGACGAUGUGAUCCGGACAGCGACUGGCCUCAGAUCACCAUCUUUCCAGAGGGCACCUGUACUAAUGGAUCAUGCCUCAUCACAUUCAAAGGAGGUGCUUUCUACCCGGGGGUUCCAGUCCAACCUGUGGCAAUUCAAUACAAGAAUUCAUUGGACACAUUCACCUGGACGUGGGAUGGGCCAGGAGCCUUGACGGUUCUUUGGCUUACCCUGUGCAACUUCAGCAAUCAACUGGAGGUGAAUUUCCUUCCAGUCUACACACCCAGUGAAGAGGAGAUAAAAGACUCCAAGCUCUUUGCAAGGAAUGUACGAGCAGUCAUUGCCAAUGCAAUAGACAAGCCAGUCACGGACCACACCUUUGAGGAUUGCAGACUAAUGAUGCGAGCUCAUGAGAUGGGUCUACCCAUCGAGGUUGGCCUCGUUGAAUUCCAGAAACUUCUCACAAAACUUGGGGUUAAAAUGGAUAACUUACAGGAGAGAUUGAAGUCUUAUGCUAAUAUCGCUAAGUCUGGAGGCUAUAUAGGAAUUGAGGAUCUGGCUCAUUAUCUGGAACUACCGGUCUCCCCAGCUCUAACGGAGGUCUUCAAUCUCUAUGACAGGGAUGGGAGUGGAAAGAUUGAUUUCAGAGAGUAUGUGAUUGGCUGCUCACUGGUUGCCCAACCUGUCAACAAUGAUGAGACUUUGCAGCUUGCAUUCUCGAUGUUUGGUGGUGAUAAGGAUUACAUCUUACCAGAUGAUAUGUGUAGCAUCAUGAACACUGCUUUUGGUAUGGCUGAGGAAGAGUCGUUAAAACUCUUCAAUCAAGCGGAUACAGACAACACUGGCACAGUUACAUACGAUGAAUUUAAGGCCUAUGUUCAGAAGAAGCCAGAAUACGCCAAGUUGUUCACGAUGUACCAGCGCCUAGCGACGCUACCGGAGACCAUCGAGGCAGAUUUCAAGAGUGACCUCUGCCCUCCACAGGGCAAUGUGGAUUUGGAAAGAUCGCAGGCCGAACUGAAGCAAGAGGGCGCCGUUUCUAAGACGCAGGAUGAAAAGAAACGAGACUGACACAACGCUGGUUUGGCUCCGAUAUCGAUGUGAUGAUAAAGUCUUUCCUAAAAACCUUACCUCCUUGAUCAGGUUUACUAGGCCAUAAAUAUUUUUCUCUGUAAAUGGGAUAAUUGUCUUGUCUGUUAAUCCAAAAUUUCAUCAAAUUUAAGGGAUGGUCAUAAUUUUUCAGCUUUUUGUGGGGAUGUACGAAGAGUACUACUUUUCAGGACAAUUGUUGAGACUGUUGAUAACUUUAGAAGGCCCCUUAAGACAUCCUUAUUCUUUUCAAAUGCCUCUAAAUUUCCAAUGAGUGUAUUUUUGUUACCUUGAAGCAUGUUUUUGUACAUAUUAAGUAUAUUUACAUUUUUAUUCCUAUUGGCAAUAUUACCAUCUUUUACUGACCGUAUUGUUUCGCAAGCUUACCUUCAUCUUUCAAUUUUGCUUCUUAGUACUUGGAGUUUUAUUCUAGAAAAUUCAAUACUUUUGUUUUUUUGUUUGUUUUUGUUCCAUUUGCAGAUAUCAUCGCAUUUAAGAGUCAAGCCAAAAGAUUUUUUUUUUUUUUUUAACAACUUUUUAUUUUUUAAUAAUAAAAUCUUGCCUUUUAUUUUAAAUUGUAAAUUGAGCUGCAAAAUAACCCUAACCAGUUACCAAAACCGUAACUGCUUAAAAAAAAAAAAUCCAGUAUGUUUGAUAAAAAUGCUCUUCACAUUGAGAUUAAACCUUGGUGGUAAAUAUUUGAUCCUGAUUCUGCUACAUCAUUUAUAUGUUCACUCCUUGCAGAAAAAAAAAAAUCUUUUUCAAAUUUUAGUUUGGAUAUCCAACUCGCUAGACCUUCUGCAUACAAUGUAAUUUGAUUAGGGCGCAUUCGUCUGGAGGAAAAAAGAAGGCUGUUCAUUGGCCAGUCCUGUGUGCGGACUGUGCUGCGCGUACCAAUAUGCGUGUUUCAUCACUAAUUUACCUCUAGGGUGGCAGUUAGAUGACGUCAAUGCAUAAGAUAUAUUCCUAUAUGUAUGUGAUUUUUCAUUUUAACCGGAAAUAUAAACCCCAACAAACUUUUAUUUAUAAACAAACAAAAUCAAAAUUGUCACUGUUUUUUUUUUAAUUUGAUGCAUAUGUUGAGAUACA